AUGAAUAGUAAUUGUUCAUUGAGUGAUAUAUUCAAGAGAACAGUUAUAAAGACAGAGAAUGACUUUAUGAAUGUACAACAUCAACAACAGCAACAACAACCUUUACAACAACAGUCUCAACAACAACCAAAUGAUGAUGUUGGAAAUAGUGGACAUACUCCAAGGAUUAAUAUUGAAUCACCUAGAAAGAAUAUGACACCUGCUGGAGGUGGAGGACUUGGAAACAUGUCACCAAAGAUACAACCAUUGGCAUUGGGCAACUUAUCAUCAAUAUCUCAGUCUAAUGCAACUACAGCUUCAGACCCAGCAUCACAGUACAUGGGAGCACUUCAGCCUAUUAGACUAUCGAUCAAUUCAUCCAAGAAAUCAAACAUAUACGUACUUGUGACCAUUGCCAUAUGCAACAUCACUGAUUGUCACGAUUGUACCAUUGUCCUCGGUCCAUGCUGCGACUACAUCGAGGUCAGCGACUGUUCCUCCCUCACAAUCAUAGCCAUCACCAAAGGAAUAAGAGUCAAGUCAUCAUCAAGUAUGACAUUGAAUAUAUGUACAAAUCAGAAGCCGAUCAUCAAUACAGACUGCACUGGCAUUCGUCUGGCACCUUACAACACUCAUUACUCUACACUGGAAUCACAAAUCACUCUCUCCAAACUGCAGGUGAACCUGGCCAGCAAUCAAUGGUGCUCGCCACUAGUGUUCAAAUCACCGAUGCCCUCUCCACUCGAUCAAUCACCAUCAUUACAAAGUGAUGGCUCCGUAGCAGACCUCACCAACGAUCUCAAGUUAGUCAACAUGGGUGGCGGAGAUACUGGAGCAGGUCAAUCACAUAUAUAUACUUUGGUUGAACCUGAUGACUUCUAUCCAUUCACAGUUCCAUUCGUAUUGAAGGGUAGGACAAAGGCCAACCCAUGUGAGCUGCCGCCAAAGUAUGCCAAGGCGUUGAGCAAUAAGACAAGCUCAGUGCAAUCACUUCACAAGUUGGUACAGCAAUCGACCAAUGAUCAAAGGAUCAGAGGUCACAUCUUACAUCUGGUCGAGUCCAAAUUCCAAGACUGGUUGAUCGAGACCGACAACAUACGCCAGAUCAACGAUCUAAUCAACAUGAAGAAAUGA